CAUGUAGGCAAAGCCCCCCAACCCCAGCUCUGCAGGUUGGGAGGUGCAGGGUGACCACCCCAUGCCAGCCACCCCAGCCCACAGUGGGGUGCGCUGGGUACCCCUCUGCUGCAUCCUGGGGGUUCCCACCUCCCGAGGAGAAUUCUCUGGGCUGGGGGCCGGACAUCCACGUCCCCAUGCGGAGAGGAGCCAGCCAUGAGCAACGCCACAGCCCCCACGGCCCCGGGCACGGCGGGCGACUUGCUGGUGUGCUACGUCCUGGGACCUUUCCUCCUCGUCACCCUUCUCGGUGCUGCCCUGGCCAUGAUGAUGUACAUCCAGAAGAAGCGGAGGUUUGACCGCCUGCGGCACCGGCUGCUGCCCAUGUACAGCUACGACCCAGCCGAGGAGCUGCAGGAGUCGGAGCAGGAGCUGCUGGUGGAUAUGGAUGCCUAGCCUCCCAGCCCCUUCGAAUGCACUGAGGACGGCCGGGGCUGGCACCCUGGCACGGGAGCAGCUGGGCUCCGGGGCUUUGCCAGGCAGGAUGCCCAUGGCAGCGCAGUUCUGGAGCAAAUAAACUUUGUUUCUCUGCGUUCUGCCAAGAGCCUUCCGCGUCGGGCAGGGAGGGUUUCCAGCAGCACGAGCACUGCUGCACUGUGGAGCAUCCCGAGUCCCUUGGUACUAUCCUGGCUUAU